CACUCUUGUCAGUUCUCUCGUCUCCACUCUCCAUUGUCCGAUAUUUUAUUGUUUCUAACCUAAAAUAAGUAAAACACCCAAACCUUUGCUAACAAGUUUAUACAUUUUAACUUGUAGUAUUGGACAAUGGCUAAAAAUACAUCGAGUUCAGCUUUCAGAAAGCUUGACGUCGAUCAGUGCAAUGAGGAUAUUUACAGGGAAGAAGAGCAAGGAGAACUGCAGUCUCCACCUGUGGGACCAGAUGAGUCAGAAGUUACUUCACUUCUAAAUCAAGGGCGACAUAUUGAUGCCCUUAAAACAGUUCUUCGUAAUGCACCAGUGGGCUCCAAGAAUCAACAGAUUAAGGAUAAUGCCUUGAGCAUAGCAUUGCGAGUACUGCUAUCAAUAAGGUCAUCACAGAUUGAAGAGGCUGUGGCAGCACUAGACAGGGACCUUGUUGAUACCCUCAUGAAAUACAUCUACCGAGGGUUUGAGAUUCCCUCAGAAGGAAGCAGCGGACACUUGCUCCUGUGGCAUGAAAAAGCAUUUGCAGUCGGAGGAGUUGGCAGUAUUGUCAGGGUGUUGACAGACACGAAGCGUGCUUGAGUCACAAGCAUUGGCUGUAAUGGAUCUUUACUGACCAGUGUUUGGUACUGUAUUUGACCUUAAUGUGUGAUAACUCCAAAAAAUAAAUCUUAGUUGAUUAAGUUCUUAGAAGUAUUUGACAAAAUUGGUUCAUUUAGCCUAUAUCACUAGAAUCAACAACAAUGUAAAUGCCACCUACUACUGGGAGUGAAAUGUCCAUUCCCAGCCGGUUUGGUUCUUUUACUUAUAUUUCCACUGCCAUUCAGACAACAAAUAAAGUAGGUAAAAUGAAAACAUAUAUUCAAUGUUUUAAGAAAUCCAGGAUGGUUUUAUAAUAAUUGGUGUCUAAUAAGCUAUUUAUUUGUUUAUGGGAAGGAAAUGUUGUAUGAUUUAAAAAUUAGCAAUGUGAAGUAUAAGGCUAGUUGGGAAAUACAUAACUUGUUUUUAGUCAACUUCAAUAUUUUGCACAGUGAAACUUUAUAUAAGCCUACUUUAAAAAAGUAUUGGUCAAAAAUGCUGUCUCACAUUUAACUGUUUUUUUUAUAAUUCUUCUUCUUCAAGAAGUGGAUUUUGGAUACUGUACCAUAAUAUUCAUCAAAAUUAUGUGCAUUUUUGGAGCUAUCAUCAUUAAGUAAAGAUCGUAGUCAUUUUAACGAGAUGUUUUGUGAGGUGCCAACUCCAUUUUGAUUAUUUAUUGUAUCCCUUUUAAGAUAAGUUUGUGCAUUUAAUAUGAUUGAUUUUGAAAAGUUUAUUAUUGAAUAAAAUAAUUUGUACAGCUUUA